ACUCGUUUCCACGUCCAAACUGUCAUGGCUGAAAAAGGGCCCCUCCCAGAAGGCAGAUUGGAUCAUUCUGCUCCAGAAACUCUGUCUUUGAAAGAAAGAAUGAUGAGCUUGUCCCUGUCUAACGCGUCUGCCCGCGAGUGGUUCUCCAAGACAAGGGAGAGCGUCAGGCCAUGGGCAGAGUUUGUCAACACCAAGAGAUUUGGCGUGCCAAAGUCCAUCGCUCCAGUGCCCAAAAGAAUUGUGAAGAACAUUGAGACUUUUCAGGGAAAUUACCUGUUUGUGUUCAUGGGUCUUGUCGUUUUCUGCAUAUUGACCUCCCCUCUCCUGCUGGUGGCCUUGGCUGCAUGUUUCGGCGCCUGCUACUUGAUCAGCGUGAAGAAUCAGGACAAGAAAAUCACCGUCAUGGGGAAGGAGCUUAGCCUUGCCCAACAGUACGCUGCUGUUGGCGCCAUGUCCUUCCCGCUCUUUUGGCUGGCCGGAGCUGGAUCAGCUGUUUUCUGGGUCAUAGGAGCCUCAUUCUUCGCCAUCAUGCUCCACGCGGGGUUCUAUCAGACGCAGGAGGAGUUGGAAGGAUUUGAUCUACAGCUGGAGGAAGUGCAGACGGUCUAGUCUCCCGUCGUCGGCGUCUCACUACCUCCUGACGUCACAUCACCGUCACCUGAUGUCAUGCCAUUGAUACUUGAUGUCAUGUCACCGUCACCUGAUGUCAUGUUGCUGAUACUUGAUGUCAUGUCACCUUCACCUGAUGUCAUGUCACUGUCUCCGCUUGAUGUCAAGUGGCUGUCACUUAAUGUCAUGUAGCUGUCUCAGCCUGAUGUCAUGUCGCUGUCACUUGACAUGUUGCUGUCACCUGAUGUCAUGUCACUGCGUCCUGAUGUCUUGUCAGCCAGACUGAACAGAGGGACACUCACCUGGUGUUACUUAUCUAUUAUUUAAUCUAUUAUUUUAUACUUGAACAAUCAGUCAGCGAGGAUUUUGUCGUCAUACACCACAUUUGUUUGUGUUUGCAACUUUCUGUGGGUUUGUUUUGUUUUGUUAAUGUUUUUGCCUUGUAUUGUGUACAGCGUGGGUUCAGAGACCUAUGUUGAGGCUGUUUUUGAAAAGGUCCUUUUGUGGGGGGGGAUAUCAGUAAAUGGUGCUUGUUAAUUCGUUGCCAUGGUACUGGAAGCUGGACAGUGUUCUCCCCGAUACAGGAAGCUUAACGGGUUUUUCUGUGACGCAGGUUUUUGUCUCAUUUUGGACAUUGUUUUGUUUUUCGUUUUAAGUUUUUGUUGCGGCAGUGGUUUUUGUCUGGUCAAAUGGUCAAGCUGUAAGUUUGAUGUGGAUGUCUUCAGCUUGCCAGUUACAAAAACCUUGCUGAUUUUAUUAAUUUUUGUUAAGGAGUCUCUAGGUGUGUUCAUUGAGGAGUUUCGCUCACGUCUCUUUCUGCUCUGGGUAAAUUAUGUUUUCCUUUUUGCUGAGAAGGAAUAGGUUUUUUGAGGAGUCUGUGAUUGCUUCUCUUUCUCCUUUCUGCUCUCUGUACGUAAUAUUUUCCUUUUUUUGUGUGGCCAUUGAAGUGAAUAGAACUCGUCUAAUUUUUGUCCGGAAGGAUUCAGCUUUUUGCCACAGAGUCCAACUGGUGGGAAAUUUUCACUGCCUGGUUUGUGCUUGGGUGGUUGGCGGGUGCUCUGAUGUGGUUUGCUCUUUCUUUCCUAUCAAACAACUAUCGUCUUUAUCUCUCCUCCUUUUUUAUGUUUGUUAUUCUCUUGUAACGCCUAUAAUCUUCGGCACUUAUAUGACCUUAUUGUGUUGCAAGUGCCGUGAAGCUCUUACUAAAACUUAAACUGGUUUGUGCCUUGUAGCAAAGUCUUUUUGACAUAUCCCGUUAUUCUCCUAUAAAAUGUCCUCUUCAGAAAUUCGCCCAUUAUCUCCUACCACUGUCUUUGGAGUUAUAAUAUGAACGCUGUCUGAAACAUUGUGAGACUCCCUGUUAUUGUACAUAAGAUGAGCAUUUUUUAAAAAAAGGUGAUAACCAUAUCAGUUUGUGUGUAUGUAACCGUGUAUGAUUUAUAUAGACAUGGGUUUUUUUGUCUUAAUUUUAAAAUUUUCAGUCCUUUUCAUUUUUAUGUUUUUCAUCCGGUGUCUGGUCUUUGCAAAUUUCUACGCUGUUUUCUCUUAACAACAAUGAGACCCAUUGCUAAAACCUGCUUCUCUGUAUGAUUAGUAGCAACAGAAUAAAUGUGAGUGAUACUUAAAUGUGUGUAAUAGGCUGCAAUACUGAAUUCCCCUCAGGGACUUGACUGAGCAGGCCUACUGAACGAAUUGUCAAGGUUUUCUGAAUAUGUAGAGGGUUACUUGAAUAUUCAGGAGCUCUUAAACGGUAUGUGGGGAGCGUAUAUAUUUUUCUAUAUUUUUUCUUUUACGGGGUGUCUUUCUGUUUAUUGACACUGAGGGAACUUUUUGAAACAGGUCUGUACCUCUACUCUCUUUUUACUGACUGGAGAAUUUCUGUGGAGAUCUGAAGAUGUGUUUAGGAUGCCAGAUACAGUCAUGCACAGAUAACUCAAACGCGUCGACAAAUAUGGUGGACACAUUCAUGAUUCGGGUUAACUAAUUGAAAAAUGAAUAUUAAAGAGAUAUCCGUCGUGGAAUGUCAAAUUGUUCAAGCGA